UCUCGAAAACAUCGAACGAGUGUUCAGUCUCAAAACAACACUUCCCGAGGCGGACGCAAAAACUGCGACCUGCCCGUCCGAAAGGCGUCUUUAGAUUCGCAUCUUAGUAGCAGCAAGCAAGCAGGCAAACAACCCCCAAUUUAGCAAGCAGAAGCACAUCUCGGGGCCACACAUCGGAACAGUCUGCCACUGUUCCGAAACACGAGUAGCUCGCGGUAGUGCGGUUUCAGUGAGCCAGUGCGCCAGUUGCAUCGUCCCCGGCACCGAACGGAACGGCAAUCAUAUUUUUGCAAAACAUUUUCUACACACGCAGAUUCGCGUCCUUGCUGCAAGGUUCCGUUCCCGUUAAACUUCCGCCAAGUUCCAAGCGCGUGCGAUAAAGCACGAUUAUGCACGAUGCGUGGAAUCUGUGAUGUGCUCUCAAUAUGUUGGUGACAAACUUCGCAUCCGAACAGCUUUGCAACGCCAUGCGCCAAGGAGUGAAAAUGUGUUGCGGGAUUUGUGCGAUGAAGAGAUAGUGCAUCGAUGUCCGAAAAGGGAUUGCGUGUGUACUGUCAGUGACGAAAAAACUGGUGGCGCAAAAAGGGACAGUGUGUGAGAAUCAACGUAAUUUUUCAAACAAGAAACGAACGUACUGUGUGGUUCAAUGCAUUGCAAGUGAUCAAAAGAAGAAGAAAAGCAGUUUCAGUUAUUUGUUUGUGUGUAUAUGUGUAUGUGUGUGUAUGUGCAUUUGUUCCUGUGUCAUUGCGUGGAGUAAAGCGCUACAAAAAAUAUUAAUAACAAACCAAAACAACAAUCGUGCACACAGUAAAAUUUUAACAAAUUGACGCCUUGCGAGUGAGUUUAAACACAGAUGCAUAAAAAAUGAAAACAACGCAACUCCGGUGCCCGAGUGUAUGUAACGCGUCCAGAGCAAAAGAUUAGUGCGUAGCCGGUAAAGCCGACCCGCUCGACACAGCUCUCCCGAUCCACGCGAGGAGCAGAGCAAAUUGCAAAAGAAACGAAAGUGUACAAAAAAAGGGUGAAGAAAGCAGGAAAAGUGCCAGUGUUUUGUGCGUUUUGUGUGCGUGUGUGUGUGUGUUGUAUAUCCCACUAUCCAUCCCUCCGAUGGGUCACGGGCUGCGUGAAAUGUGCGAAAGUAAAGGCUAGCAAGUACAUCGCCGUCUUCUUAGUAGUGUGCAUUAGCGCGUUUUGAAGUACAAAACGUGCGUAGCCAAUUCAUUAUUUUUGCAUUAAUUUUGAUUGUUGGUUUGUUUGCUUGGAGGAGUUUUCUAUCUAAAAGAAGCUAUAGAAAGAGUUCAGUAAAGGGUGAGCGGAAGGAAAUCCGCUCGGUUCCUUCCCCCACAGUGUAGGGAAGUGUGUGGUGCCGUGGUUUUUCAAUUCUCCGCGGGGGCAGCAGUGAUGAUACCCCAACACAAUCAGGUGAUCAACGCGUUGUCACAGCACGGCAGCGAGAUGGAUACGGUGGUGGUGCAACAGCAACAGCAGCAGCAGCUGCAGCAGCAGCAGCAGCAGUACGGCAACAACGCCUCGCCGCCCGUGUUCGGCUCCCAGAUGGUGGAUAAGAACUCCAGCACGCCCUACACCGAUGCAACGCAGACGAAAAAACACAGCCCCGGACACAUCAAGCGGCCGAUGAAUCCGUUCAUGGUGUGGAGCCAGAUCGAGCGGCGCAAGAUUUGCGAGGUGACGCCGGACAUGCACAACGCGGUCAUCUCCAAGAACCUGGGCCAGCGCUGGAAGCAGCUGAGCCCGGAGGAGCGCCAACCGUUCAUCGAGGAGGCGGAGCGCUUGCGCAAGCUGCACACGCAGGAGUACCCCAACUACAAGUACCGUCCAAAGAAGAAGCAGAUCAAGGGUAGUGGUAGUGGUGGCGCAGGUCCGGCAAGCUCCCCCAAGAACGGUUCGUCGUCUUCGUCCUCCUCCUCCUCCUCCACUGGUGCUGGUUCGCCCGCCCUGUCCACGUCCUCCUCGACCGGUUCGCCCGACUCGGUGUCGUCCCGGGACAGCUGCGGUUCGUCCAGUAGUUCCUCCUCGUCGUCCUCGUCGUCGUCCGCCAAGUCACCGUCUGCGCCGGCCGGCAAGCGUAGCCGGACCGCGAGCGGGAAGGUGUCCAAGGGGGGCGCUAGCGGUGGCUCGCUCAAGGGCAAGAAGCAGCUCAUCCUCGACGAGCUGGGCCAGCCGACGAUGGCGGCGGUCGCGACGGCCGCCACCAUGCCGCCCCUAGCGGCGCAGCCCGACUGUUACUCGCUGGCCGCGACCAAGCUGCUGCCGAACUCACCGGAGAGUGCCACGCUGUACGACGAGCGGUCGCUGAUCUCGCCCGAGCCCACGUUUGGCUCGUUCACGGAAGGCACGCCCCUGUUCAUCCGCACGCCCGACCACAGCGUGUUCGCGGUGGACGAAAGCAGCCACUUUGAGCACGAGGCCAAGGGCUUCCGGUACGCGCACGGCGCUACGCCCGAUCUCACCGGGGGAGACAGUGUGGGGAGCCCGCUGGGCCACACCAACCACACCACCUGUUCGACCGCCUCCGCCACCAAUACCACCUCCAGCAGUCCGGCGACCACGGUCACGGUGCAUCACGGUGCGCACGUGCCGUCCUGCAACAGUCCCCUUCCGCAACAGCACCACAAUCAACACCAGCAACACAAUCAGCAGCAACACAACAACAACAACAACAGUCUUCAGAUCAACAACAAUCACCUCCAGCAGCAAACGACGCCGUCCGCCAAGUCCGUCUACGCCGACAGCGACGGUGACUGCAUAAAGACGGAGAAGUACUACGAUGACGAUGAGUGUCAGAGUGACCACUUUGGCAGCAUGCUGGAUCUGGAGCCCGGUGUGUGUUUCAGCGACAUUGAGCCCUUCAACGGGCAUUUCACGCUGGCUGAGCCGCAGCACCAGCAGCACCAACAGCAGCAGCAGCACCCACAGCAGCAACAGCAGCAGCAGCAGCAGCAGCAGCAGCAGCAGCAGCCACAACAGCAGCAGCAAUCACAACAGUCACACCACCUCAACCAGCAACAGCAGCAGCGGGGCGCACUAGCGAGCUUUAACGAAAUCACCAACGGACAGCAGUGCCACCAGCCAUUGCAGCAGCAGUUGCUGCAACCGUUCCAGUACUCCGAGGCAAACCAGCCCCUGAUUGCCAACAGCCUUCACCAGCAGCAGCAGCACCAGCAACAGCAGCAGCAGCAGCAACAGCACCAGCAGUUCCAGCAGCAUCUGCGCCAGUACACGUGCCAGCAGCUAGCGGUGGAGAAUAUGGGCAGCUUGUCGCUGAUAGCCGAGACGUCCAUUGUGCCCAACUGUCAACCGUCGCCGUCGGUCGACGGGUUCGGUACGCUCGUGGCACUCGACAGCCACAUCAUCGACAGCAUGAGCCAGUCGGACGAUCAGAACCUGCUGGACGGUAUUCUGGACGUGUGCGCCGCCCAGAUGGACUACACGUUCGAGGGCAUGGAAACGGCCUCCUCGUCCAGCGGCUCCCAUCUAGAGUUCAUCGCCGAGGGCAACAGUAUUUUCCUGUCCGAGCAAAACCUCAGCUUCAACGUGUAAAAGCAGGUGAACUGGUGAGCGAAAUAUCCCCCCAAAAAACAAAGAACCUUUCCUCACUACUCAUACACACAUCUAUACAAAUCAAAACUUUUCCCCCACACGCCAACAAACAUACACAUAAAUAUAUAAACCAACACACGGGUGCAUAGUAGAGAAAGGGAUUUGAGCCUUCGUAGUCUUGGAAUUUAUUAUCCACAAAGAAGGGGAAAAGUAAAAACAGAUGCAAAGUAAGCACUUUGUUAUCGUUUAUCACAACAAACAAAAUGAGAAAGAGAGAAAAAGAGAGAAGAGGAAAAAGAGACAGAGAGAGAGAGAGUAAGGUAAAAGAGCAGACAAAGAAAAAAGGAAGCGUAAGAAGGGAAAAAAUAAGUGCUUUAUCAGAUGAGGUGCAUGAUUGUAAAGAAAGUGCGUGAGUGCGAGAGAGCAAGUGAGAAAGAGUGCGUGAGUGUGUGUGAGUUUGUGUGUGUAAGCGUACAGUAACAGAAUGAUCUAGAACCCUAAGGAAAACUUAAAAUAUAGCCAGAAAAUGCGCGUUAGUGCGCGUGUUUGUCAAGUAUGCAAUAUAACAAAACCAUAAAGCAAAACAACACUAAGUAAGAAAACAAGCAAAGAGUUCAGAAAAUUGAAUAGAGAAAGAAAGAAAGUAUCCGAUGGAUGAAAAUCGCAAAAGAUACAAAAGAUGCAAAAUGGAAAUAAAACGAAACCGUAAACAAAACACACAAACCGAGCGACUCAGAGCUUACAGAAAAAUAGGAAAAGAAAACCACAUACAAACACAGAGACACUCACAGAAAGAAAAGUGAUCGGAGAACGUUUGGCAUUAAGAGAGUACGAUGCAUAGCUGGUUGAAGAAAAAAGAAGGAUGCUAAAAUAAGUGGUGAGUUUGUGGAUGAGGUGCGGGCGUGCUUUUCAAAUGGUAACUCUGGGCAGCAAUCUUGCGCUUGUGUUCCUGUUUGCGAUCAAAUUAUUCGAUAUGGAGUGCCGAUUUUGAGCGGAACAAAUUCCACGCAGCCGAUGGCGAAGUGGGGCAUCAAUGUGGAUCGGUACGGGUUUGGAAAAGGGAUGGAAUUUUGGGGUUCGCAGCGUCGCGUACAGUUUUGUAAUUAAAAAUAGCUCACGUACUUGCUGGUAGCCGAACUGAAGAAAAAAGUGGCGUUGUGAUUAAAAUUGUACUACUGAAAUUGUACUGGAAUAUUGGACGGGAGCGGGCGGACAAUUUGGCUGUCUUAUCCUCCGAGUUUCCGAAUGGAAUCCAAAUGAUUGGAAUCGCUGUCCAAGGUGUUCUAAUAGAGUGAGAUUUAUUUGUAAAUAGCUCAUCGUUAGGAUCGCUGUGUGUAUGUUUUAUUGCCGGUUUGGACCUCACGCCACGGGUUUGGAAAAUUCCAUUCCACAGCAAUUGAAAAAUAUAAACUGGUUUACGGUUGAGCAGCGUGUAGCGAAGAUGCAUCCUGCCGGUCCGGUAUGGAAUUUAGCAAAAAUGACUAUUGUGAUGGAGCAAACAACUUCCCCACAGUACUUACUCGCUCCUUCUGGGGGGAACCUACAGUCAGGGAACUGCACAGCAUUCCCUGAUAAAGGUGGAACAAUUUGAUUAAUGUAAUACCCAGCUUCCAGUACCGGAAGGCGCAGCCACGAGGCUGGUGUAAAAGAGGUGUUUUAUUAAAUUUCUUUCACGCUCCUGCAAACAAGCAGCGUACCGUGAAGCAUCGGCUAAUGGAAAAAAAACACGCGGCAUGCCUGCCUGCUAUCCUUCCUGGCCCGAUAGUGGCUGGCUGGCUGGCUGGGCUAAGCAGCAAUACGGGUACAUUAUCCUAUUUUCGUCCAAUUUCAACAAUUUCUUUCCAGCUUACGGUGAAAGAAGCGGUUUGCGGAAGGCGAAGAAGGAGGUUGGAUAAAAAUUUCAGAUUCCACUGCGAAUCGCUUGAAUCGGUUUUACCCCAGCCGUUUGUUAGUUCGCCAGUCCCGUGCUCUUCGACCCAGUUUCUCCCGGUUCGCCAUAUAGCCCUUUCACGGAAUAAUCGAAAUUCAGCCACCAAAACGCACCAAAUCAGGAUAUGCACGGAACCCCCCCGAGGCACUUUCGGACGAACGGAGAUAUUGAAAAACUGCCCGAAGGAUCGGCGGGCAUUGGGUUUAUUAUUCCUCUGUGCCCUGAGAGCCAGUGGGUCCUGGUUAUAUGGGUUUUUUGCCUUUCAUUUUGGGUUUGGCACACAAAAAAGAAAAUGUUACUCUACAUUGGUUUUUAUUCGGUUUGUAUGUGUGUGUGUGUGUGUGCGCGUACACAAACCCAGAGCCAAUUUCCAGAUGGCAGCGCGACUGCUUGGAAGGAAAUUGUGUUCCCACUUGCCUUCCGAUCCUUCCCAAUCGCUCAUCUCAUCGGCAAUGUGUUUUGCAGCUUUUUCCUGGGAGCCCAUUUUUUCUUUCUUUCUUCGCUGGUCGCUUAUGUUGGCUGCUUGCGUCCCAUGGAACGGUUUUUCGUUCUACUUCCAAUCGUGAUACUUCCUUUUCCACCCAAGGGCGCUGUCGAAGCGCUUUACACUUCACCAAUCACGAUCAUUUGGGGGGAAACGACCUGCAAACAGGGAUGAUUGAGCAUUACGAGCAAUUUCGUCGACAUCGGGGUGGAAAUCGAACCGGUCAGCUGGUGUGUGUUUUUCUCGCCUUCGGGAUAAGCGUAAGUUUGAUUAUGGCUCUUGAUGUCGACAGGCAAGAUGCAAACUUCAUUUUGUUGAUGUGCGCCAGGAAGGACCGGGAGACUUCCACACACCACGACGGAUGUUCAGUAUGAUCGACUAAGGAAGCCCACUGUCGAAUGUUUAAAGUCAUGCUUGACCGGCCUUUGAAUGGUCCAAUUAUUGACUUGCUGUUGUGAAAAUAGUCAAGAAAACGAUUUAUCAGAAGUUGAGUAUUUUGUAUCGCAGGAACAUUCAGCGAAUACAGAGCAUCUAAAGCAUUCACACUGUAGUACACGUUAGCCACGUAACGAAGCCACCCGUGCAUCCUUGAACCAUUUUCGUUAGCCAGCUUUUAUGUACAGAGCAGGAGGUAGAAGUAUAAGAUUUUUCCUCAUUUCUAAGAACUAGCUGUUGAUGUUAUACAUUAUGUUAAAGCACUGUACAUUGAAUAAUGUUGGUUUAGAGUUAUAUAUUCUUGGUCGCAACUUUUUGUUCGUGCUGUGUUCUAAAUGGGUCAUUAUUUCUUUCAAAAAUGUGAGAUCCUUCUGUCAGGGUUGAAUACAUUCAGGUAGAGUUUAAUAAGUAAGGAUUACUUUGGAACGUUAAUGCUAACCAUAUUCUUUACCAUCAAUAUUCUACGUUAGGACUGCUAUCUUACUCUCUAUAAGACGGUGCAUACUUUGAAUGCAUUACAACUUACUCUCCAUCACAAACACACACACUUUCUACGUUUUAAAGUCGUCUUCAACACAGUCACAAUAGUGACUUCAUUUGAGGAUAAAUUAGAUACGUUGAAGACAGAUAAACAACACAACCUUCCACAAACACACACACACAAACACGAAAACAGUCAUUUGAACUAUUAUUAACACGAACGUUGAGCGGACGAGUGCGAACGAGAGAGACCGUGGUAAACUUGUAGAUAUGAAAAUAAAGAAAAUAAGCUGAAUAUGUGAUUAAAAGUAAUGGAUUAAGGCACACAGGCAUAGGCCAGCAGUGCACUUGCGUUGUGCAAUGUGCGGGCAAGUAGUGCGAACGAGCGGGUGGUUGAGCGACGGACGGUUGAAAUGGUUUAGCUAUAAUGUUUGUGUAAAGUUUGCGCGUAAGCGCGUAGUGCGGUAAACGAUUAGUGUGUAAGUGCGCAAAGUAACCAAAAUUUGGCGACACAAAGACGCAAAACCUAGGAGAUAAGCCCACCCAGAGGAGAGGAAUAACCAAUACAAUAGAAUAGAAGAACAAACAAGUAGGAGAAACUACAUUUCGUGUAGCAAGUGUGCCAAAAACACCACUUGCAAAAGUCCUAUUGGUUAUUAAUCAGCCGGUUAAGGUAAGACUAUUCACAUGCCCACACACUGUAGCCCUAUGCAAGAGGAGAGCUAGUACAUGGAACAGGCAAGCGCUCCCCUUAUUGUUCGUUUCUCGUUUGAUUGGUGGUCGGUGAAUUCGCUGGCUGGAACAAUUACAACUAGUUUUACUAAUGUUACCCUUCUGAAGGCGCCAUUUCGUCCGCGGGGACACUUUGCAGACGAUCGAGCGAAAGUGUGAGCGAAAUUCAGGCACGUACACAUGAACACACACACACAUACACAAACAAAAAAUCACAGACAUAUAAGCGUUACAAAUCAAAUGUUUCUUUUCGUUGUUAGAUAAGGUAUUACUACUAAUUAUAGUUACUAUUACGCUGGUACUAUUAUAACUCUAUGAUAAUCAAUGCAGCCAUGUUUGCAAUGAAGAAUGAAGCAUCAAUCAAAUACCUAAAGCAUUGUUUUUUAUUUUAUUUUAUUUAUCUGUGUUUUUGUUUUGUUUGUUUCUUGUUCGUCACAAUUUUUCCGCCGAUUGAAUUGGAAGAAAAAGUAAUAUUGGUUUUUUGAAGUUCGCUCGAUUUAAGGUUUGAGUUUUCAGAGUCGUUGUCCGGUUGUUUUUGUUCUCUCUUUUCUCGUUUGUUUGGUAUGUUUCAGGACUGUUUUUUUUUCUGUUCAGCACCCGAGAUCGACUGUUUUCGUGGUUAUUUUAGAGAAGCGGAGGUAAUGGCAAGUUUUAUAAAUAUUUACUGCACUAUGAGCAGCAUUUACAAAAAAACUAAGUGGUAAAAAUAACUUUUUCAAUGUUUAUUUAUAGUUCAAUUUUUUAUACUUUUUUUCUAAAAAUUUAGUUUGUUACUACUAUUUCGGAAUAACUUUGCAUUCAAUUUAUGACAGCGAAAUAAGAGUUUCUAUCACUCCAUUUGUAGUGUUAUCAUAAACAGGAUUCACAACAUACAUAUGUCUGAAGAAAAGAAACAGACGAAUCGGCGAACAAUAAUAUCUACAUGUAUUGAGAAAACGUUCAUAACUUCAGCUAGUAAAAGCGACAGCUAAAAAAGGACUGUAAUCAAUUGCAAUCCUCAAAGUCAGGGGUCUUCAAACUUGUGUGUUUACUCACAAUUCUAACGAAUGAACGUUCAAUUCUUUCUCUGAUGAAAAAUGCAAUCUGAAAAUAUCAAAUUUCUAAGGCUUUCGGCUUUCAGUAUUGAAAAUUUUAGUUUCUUGUUGAAAUCUGCAAAGAAAAUUUCUAAAAUUACAGAUUAUUUAUUUCAUUUAAAUAAAACAGUCUUCGAUUCAAAGGCUUUCAAGAGCCGUUUUAGGCCCCUGUUGAAGACGCCUGAUCAAGCAAUAUUUCCCGAAGCAACAGUUAAACAUAGAAAAAAGCAGCAAACAUUUUACAAAGCAGAAACAACUGGGCACAGGUUUUCACUCUCAUCGCCAUUUCGUUCACACACAAAAAAAAAACAUCCAUGGCAUUUCAAACAACGAACAAUGUUAAAGGGUAUAGAAUCUUUUUCAUAGCCUUGCUGGAUUCUUUCGCUGGAUCGGUUCGAAACGGUCCCAGUCGUUUGAACGAUUGGCGGGCGUUUUCCAUACCCGGUAAAAACAAUGGGCACACACUUCUAAAACAAGUAAAAGACGAAACAAAACUAUAAACGAAAUAAAACAAAACAAAAACACACAAGAGCAUCUACAGCAAGGUUCAAAUCAAACGCAAACGCAAAACAAAACGGUUUUACUUAUAGUAGUAAACAGGAAGCGUACAUGUGGGUGAGAAAAAAAGCAAAUGAAACAAAUUACAAAACUCAGGAAAAAUUAUUGCAAAAAUAGCAAAACUUUAUGGUAAUAAAAUUGACAGCAACUACCGCAACACGAAGUAGGGGAACGGAACAAACGAAUGCUAAUAGUUUAGGUUCCCAUUUUUAACCUCAGCAAGCCCCUAUUACACAAACGGAGCGCAAAGUGACCGUGUCGAUACACACGGCAGUGUUGAGAAUGUGCGAACGAAAGGAGUGGAGAAAAAAAACGUCACAAGGGUAGUUGGUCGUCCUACGGUCACUUUGCCAGUACAUAGCAAUUCAACUACGAAAUAGCAGUGAAGCAGCUCAAGCAAACAACAACAACCACUACUACUACAACAACUACUAUUAAAACCACAGUUCACUAACAAACAAAAGCGCAAGUGAUAAACCGAAACCAAAUGGUCCUUUUUUGCAGGAUGUAUGUGAAACGUAGUGUAACACUUAAACUAAACGCAACGCAACGUGAUCCCAAACAGAAACCUCUCUCGGAAUAAUCCUGGUGCGGCCGAAAUGGCACGGGCGCGGUAGCAAAACAGUUCUUCAUUCCUGGGUGUUAAAAUAAACUAAUCGCAUACAACCAACCCAACAGGGCACGAAUGUAUCAUUCGGAUCCGGGCAAACUAAAACUAGAAGAAUAACAAAACACUUUUCAAAACCAUAGCGCCGUUGGUAGGAGUCGAUCGGGAUGAGACGGUGUUCGCUCCAUUCUGCACAUACAUUUCAGUACACACAAAUGCAAACAUAAUUACACAAUCAUCAGAGGGAAAAUUAAGAGAAAAAUUCUACACUUUAUCCGUGAACAAAUCACAUCACGCAACGGAAAGAAUGUCAAAAAGAAAGGAUGUGAUUCUCAAUCAUGGAGUUGUUUUUUUAUCGGUUGUGAAGUGUCCGAAGCACAUUCGGAACAAUAGUUCCAUCAAAAUAAUGUAAAGCAAUCUGGUUUGCCGAAUGUUCGAAGCAAAAUUCAACCCAAGCCGAGAUUUCAUUCACAAGAUGCAAUUGAACGAUUUCGGUUUUUGUGACUUUGUCUCAGGGAGCAUCCUGCAGCAAAGCGUCGAAUGGAGCUAAAUUUUAAAUCAAUCACACAACACAUUCUCAACAAAGUGGAGGGGCGUUUUUUUCCUUUUUCUUUGUUUUUCAUACAACUAUUCUCUUAAAGGAUACUGGACAUAUAACAAGUAAAAACAAAAAUCAAGUAGUGACAGAGCAGCAAAAAAUCAAUCGUGUUAGUGUCGGUGUUAGUAGUGUUUUCUUGGCUAUAACAUAACGUAACGCAACGCUAGGUUUAUCGAACCUUUGCACAAGGUGGCAUAGUAGGGAAGGUUAAUACAACAAAACAAGGCUUAAAGUUUACAGAUGUAUAUGUGCUAUUUCUUACAAUUACGGGAAAAGUAAGGAGAGGAACCAUGAAGCAAAGCAAAGGCGUACAGAGACUGUACGCAUAAUGAACACGCGUACGCCUCUAAUUCGUGACGAUCCCCGAUCUCCCAUUCUGGUCCAGAUCAUCCAGCGUUUGAUGUGCAACGAUGACUGCAAGACUGAAUACUCCCAAAACAGCAACUAGCAACGAGAUGGAUUGGAUUUUUAUCAGUGCUUUUUUCCCCCGGGUGUCUAACAAUUUAUUUUUCUCACUCGCUGAAGUAAAUGAUUUUCUUAUGUUCAACUGAUAAUCUUUAGCUUUGGCGAUAAACAUCAGUUUUUUCUCAGCAACCCGGUAUCAUAUUAAUUUGGAAGAAUGUUGCAAUAAUGGAUACUCUUAUUGCGUUUGGUGGUUUGCUUUAAAUCAGUGAAGUAUUUUUUUGUUCUUGAGUUUCUUAAAUUCAAAUGAUCUCAUUUCACUACUACAGGUAAUCGCACCGCAGUCAACUCUUGAACUGACAAUCUCAAAUUGUUUUUUUUUUUAAAUCCUCGAUCGAUUCAUUAACCUACAGCAAUGAACAAUUAAUGACGUCUAGAGCAAAGACAUAGCUUUGAAGUUUAUGUGAGCGAGAACAAUUGAAGUAAAAAUAAUUAAAAGGGAGGAAUCUAGAAAAAAGAACAGUCAAGUUGUUUUGUGUGUUAAACGUGUGCUUAACGAGGAAUGCAACGGACAAGAAUAUGAUCGUUAUUAGAGCACAAGCAAACCCCAUUUGCCGAUUGGGACAAACAUUUGUAGCAUAGGGAAUUAGCAACACGCCAAACCGAGCGAGGUUUGACGGCAAACAAAUGAAUAAAAUAUUCAGGUAUCUAAACAGGCUGUGAAAUAGUCUAUUUGUUUAUUAUAGGUUUUAUUGAUCAUGUUUGAAGUCAGGAGUGUGUUUGUAUACGUGUUUGUAUUUUAGUAUAAGUUUCUUUCGUUUCUUUUUUCGUACAUUGUUUAAGGCUCCGUUCGACUGAAAGACAUUUACUGUCUUCGUCCCUUUCUUUCGAAUUUUUGGGUACAGAAACGUAGGAGGAUGAGGUUUGGUUUAUUUUAAAAAAUAUAAAAUGUUUAAAAAACAAUUUGAUGCUUAACGUUUUCAAUAACAACAAAACAAAAAAACUGUAAUCAAAACCAGACCAGUCUAACAAAACGAAAGCAAGAUUUUAGAACAAACAGAAACAAAAACAAAGAGAUAAAUUUAAUUAAGGACAUUUUAAGCAAAACAAUCUACAAUCUGAGCAGAUAGAUUAAAAAAGAACAAAGCAACAAAACCAAUCACGAAAUAACAACACAAAACUGCCAACCGAACAAACCACGUAAAACGAUGCAUUUGAUUUUAAUUUAAAAUCAUAGUUUUGGCCAACCCUUUUGUAUAACACAUUCAUGUGCUGAGGUUGGUUUAUAAAAUGUUCUGUUCCAGAAUAUGAAUUAAAUCUAAAACAAAAUCACAUAAUUUCAUGACUGAAUCAAACAUAAAGCUCUUUGUGCUUUGUCUGUGAAGUUUUAGAAAUAUAAUCAAACCAUUUUUAAGCGUGUGACAUUCUUGAUUUUUUAAUAUCACUCACAGUAUACCUAAUAUCAGAGCAUUGAAUUGAAUCAAACAAAACGGGGGCAAUAACUAGAGGCAAAAAAAAUUUAACCAACAGAUGGCAGCGUUUUCAAGCGUUUCGUUUAUAAUUGAAAUUACAUUGUUUUUGAAGAUUUUGUUAGAGUGUCAUCGUUAUCGAAUGCGAUGGAACUGGAAGAUGUAGUGAACUUGAAAUUACAAGCAACAUACUUAGCAGCAGAAGGCACAGGAAACAGAAGUGGCAAAGGGCAAGCAAACUAUUAUGGUUGAUAACGCAUAACAUAAUCGUAAACAUCGCUUUCAAUGUGUAGUGAACCGUUUCUUUCAUAUUAAGACUAACAGAAUAAUCUAGCAUAUGCGCAUAAGUUAUACACUAUACAAAAUGUUGAAUUGAGUGAUAUGGAAUAUAUUAUUAUUAGACGACACAAAACACUCAACAUUGUGGAUGUGUGUAUGUGUGAGCUGAAGUUAAUCAAUUCACCACACACGAUGUAUCCUCCUGGUUCUUUCUGUGCAUUGCCGGGACGUAGGAACAGUUCGAUAGUUCAGAACACGUUCCGCAUACAACUUGUAUCGAAAAGAUCGAGUGGUGGAAUGGAAAACAGUUAUUGGGAAGAGGAGUUUUUAAAAUACCAUACUAAAUGAAAAGGAAGCAAGAUAAACAUCACAUACUAUAUUAAUCGAAACGAAACAAAAACAAAUCAUUAAAUGUCUAUUUAUAUAUUUACAAAACCACAAACAAAUCAGAAAACAAAACAAACAAAACAAUUAAAACCGUAGUGCAAGAUUGUGUAAAAGAAAGAUAACACUAAAGCAGUAAACUAAAACAACCAACCAGGAGCAAGUACACUAGAAUAUAAUAAUAAAUAUUGAUAUUAUUAUAUUACUAAUAAAACGAUAAUGAUUAUUACUAACCUUCAAGCAACAGCCAAGUAGAGUUUGAUGGUGAUCGUUUCAAGUAUGUUGCAGUAAAGGUCGGCAAGACAUUGGAGGGAACUAUUCGACUGCAUCGACAUGACGAAUGAGAUAAGUAAAGAGCAUUCACUUAGAAGCACUGGAAAUAUCAUUGGAUAACUUUGCCAAGCAGCUUAAAAAUGGUUAAUAAUUCAUUUUGAACAAGAUAAUAAUCAUAGUACGAAGCCAUCAUUCAACGGGAGGAAAAACCAAACGGCAAACUUAAUCACAAAACAAAACAAAAAAACUGAGAGUGAAUAUUUACAGCUAAACUAAUUGAAACAAAUACAAACAUCAAAGUGACUGAGCAACUCAUAUAAAAUGUGUGUCUGUCCGUCAGUUUGCUCGAAGUUGUUCUAAUGGAGCUUUUGAAUGUGGAACGCAAACUGGCAGUGCAAGAGAUCGUUUUGCCCGAGCCAAACGAGACGGUGUGUCUUAACAGUGAAGAAAUUCAGGUUGCAUCGAAAACACAGGCUCGAGCAACCUCAGAGCGAUGCCUCGUAUAGGGACGUAUGUAGAGUUGCAAGUGGCAAGUUGCAAUGGUAGAAGCAGGAAGUUUCGCCCCCUCCCCGUGGAAAUGCAAGGCGCUGGGGGUAUGGGGAGGGUGCGUAUGUUUGUACAUUUUGUAGCUAAAGAUACUGAGCAUUGGAACCGAACUGUUGUUAAUCCCUUUUGCUCGGGCGUUGUUUGUUCUUUUUUGUCGUGGUUCGAGGGGCAGUGCUGAUGGGAGAAAUUAUUGGCAGUUGGCAAUGGAAACGUUGUUUCCGUUCAAACGGCAUCGCAAUACGACGGGGUUUUGGAAUAGGAAGUUGUUUGAACCGGGUGCUAAAAAUUAGGUCCAAAAGAAAAAAAAAACAAAACGAUAAAUUUACACAAGCAAACCAGAAACGGCAACUGAUCAUAGAAACCAAACAGAAACGAAGCAGAAAACGAACACUAUUGUCCACUCGGGACAUGCACAAACAAAUUUACCAGAGCCAGAGCGUAGACCUAAUAGGGUGGAAAGGUUUUCUAGGCAAUCCGAUUGUUCGUGUGGGGAUACUGAUCCAGCAAAACUUAUGAAAAAUACCAAAAACAAAAACAAAAAUACACGUAUUCGCAAACAAACUAGAAGGAGCAUUCAAUUGUUCGGCGGAAGAACGAUUUUGGCAGACAUGCAUAUUGUGGAUGGCAAACGAAAUGAAAGCAGACAGCGAAAAGAAUGAUUUGACGGAUAGCGAACACAGAAAUGCACAGAAAGUAGGUAUUGUCGAUGACGGUUUCAUAAAGAAAAGGAAUGGUUUUUAAAAACUAGUCGACAGUUCGUCUAGAAAUUGGUGUGCUAGUACGUAAAGGAAUCGGACGGCAUUAAUUCACGUAACUCUAGCAAAGUGAAUUGGCAAAAGUUAAAGCAAUGAGUUUCAGUGCAACACAUAGGAAUAUUUAACCCCAUAAUAUUGCCACUGCUCUUGUGAAUCGGCCGCAGCAGCUUGCGGAGGGUGCUACUUUACAACACAACCGAAACAACACGAUUUGUUUUGUUUUUGAUUGCUUCGAUUUGGAAUAUUGGAUAAAUGACAAUGGAGCUUUGUGCGUGGGUAACGUUUAACAUUUGAACUUAUUGCCAAUACUGCGUCGUUUGCCAGGGUACUUAAAAACAUAAACCUAAACCUUCCACUACCAUACUGAAAUCAAUAAAAUGAAGCAAUGAGAGUUGGAGAAUAAUAAAGAAAACUAUAACCAUCUACACAAACUGUAACCGGGGGCCCACAGUACACAAAUAUAGUAUCAAAACACAUACACUUUUUAAAUGAGUAAGCAAGGAAAUAGUGCAGAAUUGUGAAUAUUGUGUAAAAAAUAGAUGAGAUAAAUGCGACAUUCAAGGAGCAGGCAGGAGUGGUAACAGUAGUAUUAUCGGUAGAGACAAAAUUGAAGCAAAAAAGAUGAAGAAAACAUCGAGAGAAAAAAACGACAUCACACAACAACCGAUAAACAAUACGCAAACAAUGUAGAAACACACAAACAUAACGGUAGCAUAAACAGCAAACAAAACAUACAAACCUACAAAAUAGAUUGAGCUAGAAGUGGUAAGGUGAAGUGUGAAUAUGAACGGUCACAGUUGUGACUACAUUCAAGUUAAUUACGUGUGUACGAGCAAGGACAAUUAUUGUGUAACAAACAACAAAGAGGGGAGAUGUAAAACACAGCCUGUUUUAAUGGUUAUCCUCUGGGUUCAUCAAGGAUCAGGCAGAAGAAAAUACAAAAAAACAUGGUUUAAUCCAAAUGUAGAGGAAGAAGAAUGGAAGAAAAAAAACACACACAUACACAAAAAUGAACGAAAAGUUUACCAAAAUGUGAAUUGUAUAAGUUGCUAACCGUCUAAAGCUGUUUGUUUUGUAUCUUAGGUUAUGUACGUUUAAGUGUAAAUACAAAUAAACCAGGUUUUAAACAGUGAAA